ACCUAGCCGCCGUCUCUCCCUUCUCCCACCCCCGUCGGCGUCACUCCGCCGGACAGAUUCUCAAAAACCGUCUGCGUCACCGGAGCCUCCGGCUACAUCGCCUCCUGGCUCGUCAAGCUCCUCCUCUCCCGCGGCUACACCGUCAGGGCCUCCCUCUCCAUUUCUUCGCUCUUUUCCAUUUCCCCCCUUUCUCACCACCGCUCGCGGCGGUUUGUUUGUUCGCAGAUGAUCAGAGGAAGACCGAGCACCUCUGCGCGCUCGACGGAGCUUCCGAGCGGCUCCAGCUGUUCAAGGCGAACUUGCUCGAGGAAGGCUCGUUCGAUUCCGGCGUCCAGGGCUGCGACGGCCACUGUACAGAAUCCACCCCCAUAGAAUCACUCACUUUCCCCCAAACCAAACCCACAGUGCAAAAAAACAAACUAGGGAUCUCAAUCAAACUCCCCCCAGUAAAUCAUCUCUUCCCAAAAUCAUGCUACACUCCCUUGAUCCGAGGCAUCCUCGUAGUAGUACGGCGUCAGCUUGCCAUCUUUCUUCCCCUCGGUCUUCGGCUGAGCUUCUCCCCCGAUCUCCUGCAGCUGCUUCACGAUCCUCCUCAUCGAGGGCCGGUUUAUGGGUAGAUGACUCGUGCAGAGGAUCCCAAUGUUGAGAACUCUGCAUAUCUCCUCCCUGAAACAGGAGUCGAGUUUCGAGUCCAGGACGUGCUCGACCCCUUUCCGGCGUCCAGGGCUGCGACGGCGUCUUCCACACCGCUUCGCCUUUCUACCACGACGUCCAGGAUCCUCAGAAAAAUUGAGAAAAAUAAGGAAAAGGAAUCUGGCUGAAGAUUAUGGAAGUGAGAGAAAGAUGGAGAAUUGUAAUUAAUAGAUUCUUGUAACUACCUAAAAUGUAAUUUAUUAAAAAAAUUAAUUAAUACAAUUUAUUUGUCAUACCCAAUUUAUCCUUAGUAACCACGACAAGAAGGAAAAUUUAACUUUUUAUUGGAAACGGAACGGAUAUUAAAGUACGUACAACCAUUCAGAAGAAGUGAAAUUAAAAUACACCACAUCUCAGCAGCAGCUGGUGUGAUUGGAUUACAGAGAGUUUUGAGAAUGUAUUUCUCUAAUUAUGAUCAUUGGGUUACAGAGUUUUGAGUAGGACCCUAUUGCCGAUUGGAAUAAGAUUAAAUCGUGUAA